GACAGUUUGGUAGUGUGGAAGGCAACAAGGAUAGUUAUCCAAAGUUGCUGCGAGAAUUCCGCCGCGUGUUGAAGCCCACUGGCCGUUGCUUCUUGCUGACUUCCGCUGAGAACGAGGCGAUUCUGGCGAAGGCGGCCGAAGCUUGGACCACCAUCGCCAGGGCGACGUGGAAGCUGG